CGAUAUCAAGCCUCGGUGAUUGGUUUUGCUAAUGAAGAAGUGAAACCGAAUGCUCUGAUGUGCAAUCAGUUAUCUAGCCACAGUGACAGCAUUUAUCAUCAACUCUUCAUCAACUGAACUCCGCAUCACACAUCAAAGAGCACUGAAUGCUCAUCAACAUUCUGAAAGUGCUCCUGCUGGGAGCUGCUUGCUGCACCCUGGUGACAAGUACCCACUUCAGAGGAGCCAUUAUCAUGGUCAGGCCACAGCCAGAAGGAGGAGAGAAUGAGAUGGAGAUAACCUACCGUGUUUCUUGGAGGAGGGACUAUGAUGAUGGUGAAAGCUGUAGUGCCACUACAGUUGAACAAAGAACGCUGCUUUCUGGACAAGGCUUCGGCUCUCUAACCUGCAGUAGUGGUUGCACAGGCACUAUUACACCAUUGUCCUACAUUUGUACUGACUUCAGUCUAGUCGAAAACUGGUCAUUUGGAGAAAAUCACGUUGUGUAUACAUUUCCAAGCACUAGUACCUCUGUUACAAUAGGAUUUUCAGGGGAUGCAUGGAUAGAACCGUUUAAUAGUGGCUGGAAUGUACCAACAACCUUUUCCCUAACAAGGAGGAACGAUACUGGGCGUAUUAACUCAACACCAUGUGCUAUUACUUCACCGGUGAUUCGUUUGCAAGAAGGUUGCAACCAUACACUGCCAAUAGCUGUUAUCGAUCCAGAUGGUGACAUUGUCAGGUGCCGAUGGGGAAUUGGUAGUGAGUGUGGUGGUAUCUGUAAUAGCUUCCCUGGGGCAAUUCUUGAUUCAUCCACCUGCACAUUCACUUAUGAAGCAAAUAGAGGAACUGGUUUUAGUGCUGCAGCAAUAGUUAUUGAAGACUUCCUCCCAGGUUCUCUGAAACCACUAAGUUCUGUAGCUCUUCAAUUCUUGAUCUCUAUUUUUGCCUCAACUGAGUCUUGUUCCAGCCAACCACAGUUCGUUCCACCUACAACCAUUAAAGGAUCAUGUGUGGCGAUCCCUAGCGGGACCACUUUCUUCACUCAGAUAAUUGCCAAUAGUGGUCGAGCAAGUGCUUCAAUUACCGAACUCCAAACUGCGCCCCCACUUGGACUUAGCAGAAGUGAGAUACAACGUAUACAAGAAACAGACAACUACUUUGUUAAUAUAACAUGGACUCCACAAGCCAAUCAAGAGAAUCAAAUUCACCAGUUCUGUUACACAGCAGUAACUUCUGACGGCCUUGCUAGUGAGCAAAAUUGCAUCAAGUUUCUGGUUGGAACUUUUCCACCUCAGCCAUCUCUAAAUUCAGCAUUCCCAAAUCAAGCACUAGUACAUCCCAAUCACACAACAUGGACUAUUUUAUUUGAUCAAGAAAUUCGACGUCCAUCUAUAGCUGCAUCGGUACGAUUCUUCGAUAAUACAACAAUGCAACAAGUGUACCAAAUUGAUGCGUCCUUUUCUCCUGAGAUAAGUUUCAAUAACAGUGAAGUCUUUAUCUCCCCAGCAUUCAGAUUCCCAGAAAAAGCAUACUACUUCAUCACUCUUGACAGAGGAAUUGUGCGAGGCCUGGAAGGAUGUGGACCUGGAAAUGAGCCAAUCACUGAUAAAUCCUUCUGGACUUUUGAAACCAUGGACAUCACUCCUCCUGUUAUCACCUUUGUGAAUAAUCCAUCAAGAACCAAUGAAAACAUCACAAUCGACUGGAUGAGCAAUGAAGAAGUGACAUGGACUUGUGUCGUUGUAUUUGAAACUGAAAACAGCCCUGUUAACUGCUCACAAGCAUCAUGGAAUGGUGAGGAUUUGAGGGGAGGCUCGUACAGGAUUGAGAUUGUAGCAACUGAUUUAGCAGGCAAUGCUGCUACUGUAUCACACAACUUCAUUGUUGAUUUAACACCACCAGUUGCAUUUAUCAACCAAAGACCCGCAUUAGUUUCUAACCAAUUGUCAUCAAGACUGACAUUCAGCUGUAAUGAGAUCUGCACAUUUGGCUGUCUAUUGUUUGAGUUCAACAGUUCACGAGGAAAUAUUGCCUCUUGUAACCAGCAAUUUUUUUCCACUCUAAUUCUCGAGCACAACAAAUCAUACGUCUUUGUAGUAAUACCCACUGAUGACGUCAGCAAUCAUGGAGAAGAAAUUUCAUAUACGUGGGAAACUGAUUUUGAAAAUCCGCGAAUAGCGAGCCUCUCCAACAUAAGUACCCUUUGCUCUGAAGUAAGUCCUGAUAUAACUGGACGACCUACAGCUUUUGAUAAUCGGCCUGAACCAGUUUCAAUUAGGUAUCAAGACUUGAGUCUAGGAUGCUACAUUCAGCGAACCUGGACUGCAACCGAUGUAGCUGGAAACAUAGACAAGUCUGUGCAAUUCAUUGCUCUUGAAUAUUCACUUAGCAUUUCAUUUGUUCCAGUUUUGGCAUUCUCGUGUGACAGUACUAUGGGCACAUUUAACAUACCAGCAUCUACUGCAUCUGCUCCAAAUCCUUGUCGGAUCCCUCUUGAUUUGACGUUUACUGAUUCUGUUUCUGAAUUUACAUGUCCUGGUGAGUUUACUCGAAGCUGGUCAGCUCAAUCUUGUGGUAGUAUUGCUGAAGCUACUCAGACCAUUAGAUUUUUCAACACCUGUCCACCCAAUACCUGUGGUCAUAACGAGUUACCACCGAGAGGAACUUGCACGUUCGGCCAAUGCAGCUGCACUAGGCCGUGGUCUGGGAGCAAUUGCAGUGUGCAAAUAUUCGAACCUGAGAUUGGCACUAUAAAUGACACAGUACUUGAAGAAGCCGAACCUUACAUAUUAAGUAUUUCUCUAUUACAAGGAACUCCUCCACUUUCAUGGACUUUGAUAUCUUCACCUGCUGGACUCCGUUUGAAUGCGAACAUGCAACAGAUUGUAUGGGCGAGAGUACGAGCUGGAAAUCACACUGUAUCUGUGAGCAUUGAGAAUGAAGUUGGUAUAUUUGGUGUUAGUUGGACUCUUGUUGUCAGACCAGGAUAUACUGCUAGUUUGGACCCUGUCACACCAAACACAUACCCACGAGCUCAGCCUGUCACUCUGACAGGUAGAAUAGAGUACUUUGAAGGCAAUCAAGUCCGUGAUUUCUUAGCUGGAAUUGUACCAGUGAGCAUCGACAUAAGACGAGGCGCUACCACUCAAACACUCACUGCAUUCUCACUAACUGAUGGAACUUUCUCCAUUGUUUUCAAUCCAGCACCUACGGAAUAUGGCUCUUACACUGCUCAAGUUCGACAUCCACAAUUGCCACUAAUGAGUGAGUCUGUGAGCUGGCUAUUUCUUGGGUUUAGACUUAUACCUUCCUCCAUAUCAUUAUCUGGUGAAACUUUGAGUGAUUUCCAGGAGACGUUCUACAACACAACAAUGAUUUGUAAUGAUGGACCAGCAGAUUUGACAAGACUACACAUGACAACCAGCAUUCCCACUACAGAUGAUCUUCAAGUUACAGUUUUUCUCAAACAAGAUCCCCUAACUAGAAACAUCAAAACUGGAGAAUGCAUUUUUAUUGACAUUACUGCUACUAGCAGUCGAGCUCUUCGCAGGUUGUUUGUCGUUCGAUUUGAAACUGAUGAAGGUGCAUCAACAUCGGUUUUAAUAAACCUCCGAAUUCAGCAAAUACUACCAAGCUUUUUAAUAUCUCCCUCACAAACAUCCGCUCGAAUCAUUCAAGGAAAAUCCAUUAUUUUGCAGUUUAACAUUACCAAUAUUGGACGAGCCACAGCACUAAAUGUUCAACCAAUACUACCCAACAGCCCGAUUUUCUCAUUAAUUGGACUUGGAAACAAUGACAGUAGAUACGGCAACGGACAGUUUAACCUUAAGAGUGAAGAAUCAGCUUCCUUGUCUAUCCAAGCCAUGGUCAAUGACAAAAUGCCUCUAGGCGAGAUCAGUGCGUCAUUCUACAUAGUCAGCAAUGAAGCGUUUCAGCAGAUUCCAAUCUCACUUACUGUGUCUUCAGAUACACUAAUGAACUUGACAAUUGUUGUUGAAGACGAAUAUACGUACUUUGCUAGCGGUGAGCCACUUGUUAGUGAUGCUGUUGUGACUAUCAUCAACUAUCAACGAAAUAUUAGAACCACUGUCACUACAGAGGAGAGAGUUGGAAGUGCUCUCUUUGUCAAUAUCUUUGAGGAUCUCUACGAAGUGUUUAUCGAAGCUCCCAAUCACAGGCCUCUACAUCAAGUAGUGAUCACAACAAUCGAUAACCCUACUUUGACAUUCUUUCUAGAGAGACAAGCAGUCACAUAUACUUGGAGUGUUACACCAGUAGCUUUUGAAGACACGUAUACGAUCACUCUUGAAGCUGAUUUUGAGACCAAUGUGCCGAUUCCUGUUGUCACAGUUUCUCCAAUUGAAUUUGACCUUGAAGAACUUGAGCUUGGAUUUGUAGACUCUAUUCAACUGAACAUCACAAAUCAUGGAUUAAUUCGAGCGGAUGAUGUAAACAUAAAUCUACCAACAAAUCAUCCAUUCCUUGAAUUCACUGUUGAUGACGAGUUUCUCGGAUAUCUCGAAGCUUUGUCAUCAGUGACAGCAGUUGUUCAUAUCUCAAGGAGAAGUGUCCGAAAAAGAGCACUAGGUCUUUUAACACAAAUAACAUGGAUUAUUUACUUCAUCAACAUUGCUUAUAGUUAUGUUUGUAGAGAUUUCCAGAUACGAAGUAUUCCAGUUGUCCUAAGGAGACCUGAAAUAGUAAUAUCUCCAGCAAGACCCUCGAUAUUCUCAUGCAGUGGCUGUGAAGGACUCACAAGAUCUGGCAGAGGCAGUGGCAUAAGCGUUGGUAGAAUUGGGCCCUUCCUCCAACCAUCUGGUAGCUAUUUUGGUGGAAGUGGCACAGGAUCUGGGGAUAAUGUGCCUAUCCUCUCAUUCAACGGUUUCUCUGCUAUCACGCCUAUGAAUUGCAAUGAUUGCUUACAGAACCUGCUCAGUUGUUUUCCCACACCGAAGUUUCCUCUUGCCGGCUGUAUUCCACUGAUUGCCAGUGGUUCCGGUAUUAAUGGGCCUAUUGACAUUGUGAAAUGGAUAAACUGCCUCAUUCCUGGGAAGUGGGUACGCAGUGGACGACCGAAACAAGCCAAACUAGCAUUAGAGGGGAGCCUCUGCAUCUAUGGUGUUUAUGAUGCUUGCUUCUCGGAUUCUUCCGGAGGCUCUUCUCGAAAAAAGAGGCAAACCUUAUUGAGCACUGUCAACGACCAUCUCGAGUCAAUGUAUCCGAUAGAUUUAAGUUUAGACCUUGCGGUAGAGAUUCUCGGAAAUGACGUGUGGCUCUCUGUAGGUGACCCAGGAUGGGUGUCACAAGUUCUUGAACCGGUAUUCGAUGAUGCUAGCGAAGAUGGAGUGUUGAUAUCAUCUGCAGAAAGGUCGUAUAUUCUUUCAGUCCUACCACCUGGCAGUACUACUAAUGAAGAUGUGGAGAAGCUCUUAAAUCGUCUCAAUAACACACUGAGUGGAUGGAACAGUGGUCAACUGGAGUCUAUCAACGGAUCCAACAUAGCAUCGUACUCAUUUGUUGAAUCGCUCACGAACGACAUCAACAGAUAUAAUGAGAUUGCAGUCAAUAAAGGAUUCUCUUCUUAUUUAGACGCUUACACAUUUUCAGCCAAUGAAAUAAACCAGCUUAAACAGUGGGAGGAAGAAGAAGGAAUAUGUGCAAUUGUUAGAAUUCGAAUUGAGCAAGAGCUUGCGAUUACUCGAGAAGCAUUCCUCGCUAUAUUAGAGAUAGAUAAUCAAGAGAAUGUAAAUCUUAAGCAGAUGACACUGGAAAUCAUUAUCACGGACUCGAGUGAUGGAAGUGUCUCUACAACCAAGUUUGUUAUCAGUAACGAGACUUUGGAUGGUUCCUUAGUGAGAAGUGGAGACACCUGGACAUUGAUGAGCGGAGGAUUAGGCUCAGUUGAGUGGUUGAUAGUGCCUUUGUCCGAAGCUGCCCCGGAAUCUGAUCGAGUGUACGGUGUGGGGGGUACUCUCAGGUACUCUUUUGAGAAUGAGAACAUAACCAUUCCACUUCUUCCUACACUUAUCACUGUCACUCCUGAUCCAUCGCUGCUUGUGCACUAUUUUUGGGAGAGAGUUGUAGUUGCCGACGAUCCCUUCACUGAAGAAGUUGAACCAUCUAUUCCAUUUACACUCGGAGUUAUUGUCAAAAAUGCUGGCUAUGGAGUUGCUAACAGUCUAACACUGUCAUCUGGGCAGCCGGAGAUUAUAGAAAAUGAAAAAGGAUUGCUUAUCAACUUCAUGAUAAUUGGAGCCAACAUUGGGAAUAGUAGUAUCACACCAUCAUUGUCUCUCAUACUGGGAGAUCUAGCUCCUCAGAGCACAGUUGUUGUGCGAUGGUUUAUGAUUUCCAGUUUGCAAGGAGAAUUCAGAAAUUUCUCUGCAACUUUCCAGAACAUAAAUCCUCUUGGAGAUUCGAGACUCUCUGUUUUAGAUGAGCUCCAAAUUCACGAACUUAUUCGAAAUGUGAAGAUAUACUCCGAGAAUGACGAUGAUGGCAUUUUGGACUUUCUGGUGAAUGAGCGAAGAGAUAUUGGAGCUUACCCUGAUGGUAUUUAUGACAGCAAGACACUCAUCAGAUACAACGUGAGCAGAGGACCUGUGCUUUCUGUCCAACCACUGUCCAGCUCUACAGCUUCUCUAGAAGUGAGUACAACUGCAAAUGAAACAGGUUGGAUUUACUAUCGAUAUACAGAUGUAGGUGGAUUAUUGAGUCAAACUGCUCUCACAUUGAACACUACAAAGCUAACAACAACAGGAUAUGUCCAAAUUCCUCCGGAGAAUUCCUGGAUUACUCUAGUGGACGAAACACUUGUUCUGCACAUUCUAGAUUUCUAUGAAUCAAUUCACAAUGAGCUGAGUUUUAUAGUGACACUUUGCACAUCCAACUGCACCACCACGGCCAUACCUUUCAUUGGUCCUACUGGCACACCUCCCCCUGCCACUACCAUCGAAACUACAACGGAUGUCUCUGUGAAUGAAACUGAAGGAACAACCACUGAAUCCGGCUCAGAUUGCAAAUCAAACUGUACGAACACUACCAUGGAAUCUACAACUGUGAGCGAGAAUACAGAAACCACUACAGAAUCUAGCUUAAAUUGCACACACAACUGUUCCACUACAGCCGAACCUUUUACACGUCCUACAGGCACACCAAAUAUUACCAUGGAAACUACAGCAAAUGACUCUGUGAGUGUGAAUGAAGAGGCCACCACUGAAUCUGGCUCACUCUCACUAGCUGCCACAAUGUUGCCACUGCUCAUGUUUGUCUCUGCAAGUUUUGCAGAAAAUAUUUGACUACUAAUGAUAGCUGCUGUUGAACAAUGUUAGUUGAAAUCAUAAUUAUGUAUUAGUGCAGAUUACUACAUUCUGUAAUAAUCUUUUUGUAGUUAUAUUGUAGGCUGAUUUGUUUUGUGUUUACUCCAUGAUUGAUGAUUGUAAUAACAUGAGCUUUGACA